AUGCCGUACCGAGCCGAGCUGAAAAGACCGGAUUUAAAAGGGAACUUUCCGUGUUCGGUGUGUGGUAAAGUGUUUUGCCAUUCGAGUUCGCUGAGUAGACAUCGAAUGCAGGCACACUUCAAGAGCUACCAAUGCACGCAAUGCAACCAAGAGAUAUCCAGCAACGAGACGCUCCGCUCGCAUAUGUUCCGCGUUCACUCGAUUUCCCGAAUGUUCAUGUGCAGAUGCUGCAAUUGGGCUUUCCCGGACAAGACGAGCCUCCACACUCACACUCAAAGCAUGGCCAGAAACAAUCAUCCCGGAGAUGUGGCUGUACUUGCCAGAAGUAACACUGAAGGAGAUCCAAUCGAUUCCGGAAUCAGCUCGUCCGGUUCUCCCACCCUUUCAUUCCCCGGUCUUCCCCGUGCGCCCACUCUUCCCGUGCCAAAACUCUUCCCACUUGCCCCUCAAGAAUUGCUUCUAGCCAGAUUGAAAGCUCAGGCCCAACUCGCUCAACAACCUCAAAUCCCUAACUUUAACGCUCAAUGGCUCUCAAACUGGCUAGCCAACAAUCCAUUUGCUCAACAAUUCCAAGGAUUCCAAUUUCUGCAUAAUCAGCAAAAUCAGCAAAAUCUUAAUAUUCCAAUCAAGUGUGAAACUGCUAGCAGUGAGGACAAAAUGUCAGACUUUGAUGAAGCAAUUGAGAUCAACAAUGAAGAGGCUGAAUCAUUCACCAGCACUUCUGGAAACGUCACUCCUAGCUCAAACACUGGUGUUGAACCGGGAGAGAUCUUCAAACAAAGCAAAGAAGCGCUCACUCCCGAGCUAAUCGCCAGGAUCGGAGUUAUUGAGCACACGGCUGCAUUGUCACCAAGGAGUGGAUCUCAAGCGGAGAAACAAUUCGUCUCUCCAAUGUUCAAUCAACAUUCACCAACUGCUUCCGAUUCACACUCGAGUGGAGUCUUGGAAGCAGCUUGCUUGGAAAACAAGUGCUUCAACUGUGAGUUAAAUCUCUCCAAAUCGGCAGCUUCCGAGGAAAGGGCUCGACUUCUUGAGGCAAGAAUUGUCGAACUUCAGAACACUCUUGGAGCUCUUUCGUCACAAAUCGUUCGACACAACGAGCUUCACCAACAACAGCAACAGAGAAUAGAACGACCACCACUCCCGUUUCCGCUUCCAUUCAUGAACCCGGAAGCCACAAAAAUGAAAUCGAUCUUAGAGAGUCUCAUCCAACAGCAGGGAAUUGUUCAAAACCUCCAU